AAAAGAAUGGGCUGAAAUAGAAAAAUAAAAUCACAACAUAUUAUUUCCAAAACAUCUUUACCACAUCAAACCCCACAGACUUUAAGGGUGAGGCUUUAUUGGGCUCAAAUGGAUCUUAAUUUUACGCCAUCGGGCCUACAUCAAUACUUUCCGUUUGAAAUUAGGUUCUCUCCUUCUAAUUCAUCUCCCUGUUUUUACUUUUCAGUUGUGCUAUUUUUUUUUGGUAAAUUAUGUGUUUCUUAUAAUAUUGUACAAUAUCAAUGUGUGAAUAAUAAGUGUGCAUCGUGUAAAGGAAAUCGACUACGUGGAUUCAUUAUUUGCCACUAACUUCACCACAUAUAUGUCAUAACCUUCCAAAUUUGACCGCAACAUAUUCAUUACAAUGACGUUACAAAGCAAAGUUGUUCCCUACAUUUUGAUAAUUAAUAACUAUAAAAGUAAUCAUAAUGAUUACUUUUUAUAGUCAUCAUAACCAGUAACGUUUAAAGUAUUUUCUUUUUAGUAGUGUAGGUUACAAUACAACGUAAUCUUUUAUUUCACAUAAAAGUUUUGUUUUCAUACUUACAUAAUACAAGGAAGACAAGAAAAACGUAAUAUAUAUCUUUUAGUCGGCCUUGUUCUUUAGAUAUUUCUCAUCUUUUCAUGUCGACCUAAAAGAUAUUUCUCAUAUAAAUACUCAAACAUGUCGCUUCAAAACGAAGAUACAAAGAUAUUAUUCUUAAGUUCUUAUACGAGACCAUACGAACAACGGUCGAUAAAAGGGCACAAGCGUAAAAAAGCAAACAAAUGAAAACAUCUCAACAACAACAUCGUUGCGGUUCGACACUAGUACAAACCAUCAAUGCUCCAUUGCCUCUGGUGUGGUCAAUACUACGACGUUUCGACUACCCGCAAGCCUAUAAACAAUUCGUUAAAACGUGCGAUCUAAGCUCCGGCGAUGGAGGAGAAGGCUCUGUCCGUGACGUGACGGUGGUUUCCGGUCUUCCGGCGGGUUACAGCAUAGAGAGGUUAGAUGAGCUAGACGAUGAGUCUCACGUAAUGGCGAUUAGCAUUAUUGGCGGUGACCACCGUCUCCUUAAUUACCGGUCUAAAACAACGGCGUUUGUGGCGGCAGAGGAGGAGGAGAAGACGGUGGUGGUGGAGAGUUAUAUGGUGGAUGUGCCGAAAGGAAAUAGUGUGGAGGAAACAACGUCCUUUGCUGAUACCAUCGUUGGGUUUAAUCUUAAGUCAUUGGCUAAGCUCUCGGAGAAUAUAUGGCACCCAAGCGAAAAUCGUAGUUCUAAAAUUUGUAGUAGUUAAGUUAUAGUUUUUAAGUUGUAAGAAUUAAAACCCUUAUUCAAGGAGAGUUUAGAACUUUAGAUAGUAACGAAGGUACUUUGUAUAAUACAGUACAAUCUCUAUAAAUUAAUAAUGUUAAAACUUU